UGUCGCCCACCGUCGCUCUGCCGCUGCCAUGGCAACCGCGCUCUGUCCGCUCCGUGCCUUGAGCCGCGUCCCGCUGCGGCCCCGCGCCCGCCGCCUGCAUCUCAGCGCGCCCAGGGAUGAUGCAGUGGUGAUCUCUGGGAGGAAGCUGGCUCGGCAGAUCAGGCAGGAGGCCAGGCAGGAGGUGGAGCAGUUGGUUGCAGCCGGGAACAAGAGACCUCACCUCAGCGUCGUCCUGGUGGGGGAGAACCCAGCCAGCCACUCCUAUGUGCUGAACAAAACCAGAGCAGCUGCUGAUGUUGGAAUCAGCAGUGAAACCAUUCUCAGGCCAGCUUCCAUCACUGAAGAGGAGCUGCUGGAUCUGAUCAGCAAACUCAAUAACGAUGCUGAUGUGGAUGGCCUCCUAGUGCAGCUUCCUCUGCCUGAGCACAUCGACGAGCGCAGGAUCUGCAACGCCGUCAGCCCGGACAAGGACGUCGACGGCUUCCACGUGAUCAACGUGGGCAGGAUGUGCCUGGACCAGGACUCCAUGCUGCCAGCCACCCCCUGGGGGGUGUGGGAGAUCAUCAAGAGAACUGGGAUCCCCACCCUGGGCAGGAACGUGGUGGUGGCUGGCAGGUCGAAGAACGUGGGCAUGCCGAUCGCCAUGCUGCUGCACACCGACGGCCGCCACGAGCGCCCGGGAGGAGAUGCCACAGUGACCAUCUCCCACCGCUACACCCCCAAGGAGCAGCUGAAGCAGCACACGAUCAGAGCUGACAUCGUGGUGGCAGCAGCAGGCAUCCCCAACCUGAUCACUGCUGACAUGAUCAAAGAAGGAGCUGCAGUUAUUGAUGUGGGCAUCACCAGAGUGCAGGAUCCCAUCACUGCCCAACCCAGGCUGGUGGGGGAUGUGGAUUUUGAAGGGGUGAGGAAGAAGGCCAGCUUCAUCACCCCCGUGCCUGGGGGGGUUGGGCCCAUGACAGUGGCCAUGCUGAUGAAGAACACCAUCAUUGCUGCCAAGAAGCUGCUGAAACCCAAAGAGCUGGAAGCAUUAAGUGCUUAACCUGGGGACACUCCAUGGCACUGUCCCACCCAUUCCAACCUGACUCCUCCACAGGCCCAGAGGGAAAUGCAAUAUUUGUAUUUAUUGGCAGUGGAAUUGCCUCCUCUGGAGGUGCAAACAGAGCAGCUGGGAGCCUUGGGCACAGCAGCUCUGCUGAGCUCUCUCCAGCUCUACUCCUGGCCUGCUCAAGCUGGCUUGGUCUUGAAGCCAGCUCUAGAUGCCUGCCCUGCUCCUCCUGGUGGGGUGAGGCAGCAGUUGUGGGAUCCUGGGAUGUGUACAGCUCCCCUGGGAGCUGGGGGUGAUGUCAGCAGUCCCAGGGGGAGGUCAGCUCUGCUCCAUGGUGUAGUUAACACCUUGGUGAUCCUGUUACAGGCUGCUCCUCUCUGACCUGUGCUGGAGUCCUCCAGGCUGUAGAAUCAACACCUUGGUGGUUCUGGUCUCACAGGCUGCUUCUGACUCAUGCUGGAGUCAUUUACUCCAUGGUGUAACACCAGCACCUUGGUCCUGUUCUCACAGGCAGCUCCUCUCUGACCUGUGCUGGAGUCCUCUACUCCAUGGUGUAGCAACCCCUUGGUUCUGUUCUCACAGGCUGCCUGCACAGGAGGUCUUAGCUGACUUAUGCUGAAGUUCUCUGCUCCAUGGUGCAGCAACACCUUGGUGGUUCUGGUCUCACAGGCU